AUGGGUCGGCUGAGACCAUCGUCUCUCCUUCUCGACUUCAGCCGACCCAACCAAGCAAUGCCCCCCACCCCAAUUUUCCACUGCCACUGGUCAUCGAAAACCAAACCAGAAAGCCGUGCACGCCGACCCAACCAAGCAAUGCCCCCCACCCCAAUUUUCCACUGCCACUGGUCAGCGAAAACCAAACCGGCGAUUGAGAAAGCCGUGCACGCCGACCCAACCAAGCAACGCCCCCCACCGCAGUGUUCCACUACCGCUGGUCAGCGAAAAUGUGCGUCCACCCCUUUUCAGCAGAUAUUCCACCUAGGCUGGUCGGUCAGCGAAAACCAAACCGGCAAUUGA